CACAACAAGUGUACCUAACUGACUGUCUGCAGAGAAAACAAGUCAGGAGGGAAGGGCUAGAUAGAGAAACACAAAGAGGGAGUGGAGGACGGCUGUUUUUUAAGUUGCCUUAAGUUCUCAAGCCCUCAGAAAGCAGGGAUGGGUGAUCCAGCAAACCUGGUGGAGUCCAUCACACCUUCCGUGGUCACAGCAACUCCUGCAGCGGUAGCCGGGGAAAUGCAAGAUGGGUCCAAAACCCAGUCCGUCAAUAAGAAUGGAAAAAAGUCUGACUCUGGAUCCAGCAGCAGCAGUUUCUUCACCUGGUUCAUCGUGCUGGCCCUGCUUGGCGUCUGGACAUCUGUAGCCGUGGUCUAUUUUGACUUAGUUGACUAUCAAGGAGUUAUUGACAAGGCUAGGGGCAUACAGAUUAACCUGUCUGAAAGCUUGCAAGGUAAACUGGCUGCAUAUGACACGGAUGGAGAUGGAGACUUCGAUGUCGAGGACGCUAAAGUACUUUUAGGACUGAAAGAAAAGGCUGUUGCCACCAUCACCUCUACGCAGAAGGCUGCUGCUCCUGGAGAUGCUGAUGAACUUGAAAAAACACCACAAGCCAUAAUUGAACCUGACCCUGUGCCUGUGGAAGAUAAAACUGAGGAUGUGAUUGAAGCUAAUGUGGAAGAGGAUGUUGCUGCGGAAAAGGAUGCUGCUGCAGCAGAGGAUGCUGCUAUGGAAGAGGAUGCCGUGGCUGAAGAGGAUGCUGCUGUGGAAGAGGAUGCUGCUGUGGAAGAAGAAGCUGUUGCCGAAGAGGAUGCUGCUGUGGAAGAGGACGCUGCUGUGGGAGAGGACGCCGUUGCCGAAGAGGAUGCUGCUGUGAUAGAGGAGGAUCCAGAGGAGCUUCCUGCCGAAGAGGAGGAUGCACCUUUCGAGCAGCCUGAGGAGGAGGUUGGAGCUUACGAGGAAGAGGCUGAAGAACCGGAAGGGACCAGUGAUGGAGCAGAGGAAUCUUUAGACGAGGCACUACAGCAAACAGAGGAAGAAACUCUCCCUGUUGAUGAGGAACCAACUGAGCAGGACACCUUCUCAGAAGAAUUUGUAGAGGAGGUAGCGGCCACCGAUGGUUCAGAGGAACGUGCAGAAGAAGAGGAUGUGGCUCCACUGGAGGAAGGUUUUUCAGAAGAGCCUGUUGGAGAGCUGGCUACAGAAGAAGGACACCUAGAAGAUGAAGCUGUGGAAGAAGCAGCUCUCCCAGAAGAGCAUGUUAUAGGAAAAGAUGCACCUCCAGAAGAAGAGGUGGUGGAGGUAGAAGAGUUCUUAGAACCAAUGGUUGAAGGCGAAGCUGUUGAGCAUCAAACCAUGGAGGAAGCGCCUGCAGACGAGGAAGAGGAACAAGGCGUUGAUGCAGCCGGCAUGGAGGCAACAAUUCCAGACACAGAAACAGUGACGGAAGAGGUAGAGGAGGAGGCAGAAGAAGAAACGUAGAGGUUGCAGCGCUACCUGCUGAUGGAGUAGAGACCCUCUGAUGGAUCGGCUCUAUCUGAGCACGCUCAGAAUGAUGCCUCUCUCCAUGUGCAGAGAAGUGCCCAUGACCCCCCCUCUCCUGACCUUCACUCCCUGUUUUGAAAUGGUUGCUUUUAGUAAAAUUGUAAGACAAUGGAUGAGUUGUGUACUAACACGGUAUUCUGUAUUUUCACUACUCCUUUAAUGGCCCCUUUUUUAAUUUUCUUUUACCCUUUUUUCUGGCAGUUGAGGAUUUAUUUGGAUAUGUCUGCUUUUACCCACAGCAGUAAAACAAUGUCUUAGCUUCAUUGUUGAGUCUUUUUCUAGAUUGAUUUUUCUUUUUAAACGGAGCAAGACUCAGCUGCAGUUUUUAUUAGUCAGUGAAUGAACUCAGACACUAAGGUUUAAAACUGACUGAAUCUCCUGACACUUAAUUCCAACUUCUUUUUAUGCGGUGAGCCCAGUUUAUAUGCUUCUUUUUAUCAUAAAUGAAAAUUUGUACCAGUUUAGAAUCUAUGCAAAGCUGUGAUGGCGUUGGCCUUACCUGCUCUCCACUUCUGGCCAGGUCAAAUACCACUCCUGGAUGAGCCAUAUACCCGCCCUCUGAGGGAAAGCUGUGUGUGUGUUUUCUUGUUUUAAACAUUGUGGGGCCCGUUUUCUGGAAAAGUAGCAUGUUGUGGGGACCGAUGCCUGGACCCCACGUGAGGAAUUGCUGUUUUUAGGUCAGGGUUCAUUUUUAGCACUAAGGUAUAAACUAAUCUGCUGAUGAGCGUUCAUCCAGUCAGUUCAUUCUGAGUUAAUCAGGAAAUACCAUCAUUUUAGAGACUUUACCUCCUCAUGAUGUUCCUCUCACUCUAAGUUAGUGUGUAUUAGUUCUCUUUAUUGUCUCAUUUCUUUGUGUAUAUUUGUAUCAUAUCCUGACCAGAAAAGAAGUUGUCUCAAUUUCUAAAGGGGAAGUUUUGGUUAUAUAAUUGUGGACAUUACUUACACUUGGACAAAGUAGGGAUUAAAGCAAUUUUGGUCACAAACUUCUGAUAUCCAGAGGUCCCCUUUGACGGGUGGGGGGUAAUUUGGAUCAGCCAUUUUUUUUUUGGAGGAAAUACAACUUCUAUGGGCUCAUUUACUUCAUCCUUCUGUUCUUAGGGGAAAAGGAGUGACAAUUCAGGUGAUUUGAUUUCAAUGUUUUCCUUUAAACUUUGUGACCUAAAGAGGAAACUGUUUUAAAUCCAAUCAUCGCUGACCUUUGCAUUGAGCUCAGAUUAAAUCAGCAUCUAUUUCUGGUCGCAAACCACACACUACCAUACCGAUAAACUGUGUUCCUCUUUUUCUGUUUAUCUAUUUGUUUGUUGUGGACGUGUUUUUUUUUUUCCCCUGUAACACUAACUGGUCUUUUCUACUUUGUGUUUGUGAUCUUAAAGACCACUCUAACAAUGAACACUACAAUCUUUAGUAAAAGAGAGCUUCUAGGUCUUUAAAUGAAUAUAUAUUAUAUGUCAGGAUGACCAUUAGUUUAACUUUUCAGAAACACACCAUGUGAUGACUGGUUAAAGGGACCAGGCCACUUUUGUAUUAUGAAAAAAGAAAAACAAAGCAAUAAAGUAAAAAGCAGGUAAUUGCUGUGAAAAAUGUUUUCAUCACUAAUGUUUAAUCCAAAGUGGUUGACAUACUCAACCUGCUCCUGCAACCAAACUCUGCAGGGUCAUAAAGCAUUAGCAGGUCAAGAAAAGAAGGUUUAUCAUAUUCAUAAUGUUUCAGUGUUUCUUUAAGUUUUACUGUCUACAGCCCUGCUGCUGUUCUUUGGACAGUGACUGUAGUGAAUAAAUUAUUCGGAUGUCACAAUGGUUUGUUUUUUAUCCUUGAAGUGGCAAAUUUCUCUGCGAAACUAUUCUGGAAGCCAAAAUAAAAGGUUUGGGACAACAGUACAA